UACCGCAGAUAAAAAAAAAGCAUCGUUUACAAAAGAUAAAACAACAAGAUCAUUUUCGUCGAUGGUUUUGAUGUAAAGCCUUUAUUUAUAAUAGAAAGCAAAAGAGAUUUGGUCCAAUAAAUCAAUUUUUUAGCUAUGUUGGGUAAAAUAAAUCAACAUCUAAUUUUGGCCCUAUAAAUUAAAACAAAAAAAAUGAAAGAAUUUCGUUAUGGUUUGUAAUGUCAAUAUUCAUGGGCCUUUUUUUAUAAUAUAACUCAUGUUUUGUAAUGUCUAUGGGCCUUUUUUUAUAAUAUCACUUUUUUUUUUCCGAAAUACUUGCACAGAUUUUUGUUUUUUGGUUUUGCAUACAAAGGAAAAAAAAAAUUGUGGGCCCCUUGGGUUUGUGGGCCCCUGGGACUUGCACUGCUCGCCCCCCAUGUUAAGCCGGCACUGAUUUGAGUGCUUUAAAUAUUUUUGUUUCAUUAUAAUCUAGGAGUUUUGUUGUCUUAACUCCUAAGAGCAAACGCAAUGGCGUAAUUGAGACAUGGGUGUAAGUUAUAAACAAUUGAGAAAUAUUGCAAAAGUUACAUUUUCAACAAAAACCGGGUGUAGAUUUACACUCAAGUGUGAGGCAUUAUAAAAAUAGAAAAAAAUGUAUUCUCUCUAUCUCUCUCUCUUUUCUCUCUUUCUCUUUUAAUUAUAAUAAUAAACAAUUACUUACACCCACAAUUACACAUGCUCCACUGCGUUUGCUCUAAGGCUCAAAAAUUCAAAGGGGCUAUGAAAAAUCGUUUUAAACAAUAUUAGAGAUAUCAUCGAAAUGUCUAGAGAAAAAUUGACCACAAAAGAAGGCAACGAAGUAAGCGGAGUGGUAACGCAUGACAUGAGUCAUCUAAAAAAAGCAUGUGUUUGAAUAACACUCUCAUGGUACAAGACUUUUGUUUGCUUAUAAACAGGAUCACAAGUUACUAUAACUAUUCAAUCUAUUACCUCUUAUGUUUUGCUACGUAAUAAGAAAAAAAAAAACAAUGAAGUUCUUGAUUUACCUUGUUGUGUUUGUUCUUCUUUUCAAUGGUUUGACGGCCAACAGAGUGGAAAAUUCUCUGGUUCAGAAAUAUUGCAAUCAAAGUUCACAGUACGGAGAACGACAUUUCUAUAAGUUUUGCAUUGCGUCUCUCGAAGAGAAUGUGGAAAGUCGAAAAGCAAGAAAUGUCGAUGAUUUAACAUUGAUAGGAACGAAUAAUGCUUUAUCAAACCUAACAAAUGUGAAAAGAAUUGUGGAGAAGAUUCUAAACGAGAGGAAAUAUAAGAGCAAGCUGAGUAAGAAGUUGUUGCAAAAUUGCCUUAAGCUUUACUCUGAAGGCUAUGAGGCGUUAACCUCAGCUUUGAAGUACAUCAAAAUGCACGAUUUGUUAAAACUUUCGUUUCGUUUGAAGAAAGCAAAAGAAGCAGCAAGCAUUUGCGAAAUGGGAUUCAACGGCGACAAUCAACAAAUAUCUCCAGUGAUGAAAGAAAACGAAGUUCUCUUCGACGUGAUCAACAUUCCUUACAUGUUUAAUUUUAAUAGACAUCGCUAGAUUAGAGCCUAAAAAAGAAUAGGAGGCAUGCAUGAGUUAUAUUUUAAUUAAAAAUAUGAAAGACAAGAUUGAAUCUGUUAAUCAAAAUGGUGUUAAUUUUUGUGUGUGUGUGUUUGUGGUGUGCAUGUGCGUUAAGAAUGUUUUGUUUAGUUCUUAUAAUCAACAUUAUAAUUACGGUUUAAAUAUAAAAGAUUAUUUUCAUGGAUUAA